UCCGCCCGCUUCAGCAUGUCGCGAUGUCGGAACUCCAUCGCGACGACCACGUCCGACGACCAGCCGCACAUCGGCAACUAUCGUCUGCUGAAGACCAUCGGCAAGGGCAAUUUUGCCAAAGUCAAAUUGGCUCGCCACGUCCUCACCGGGAAAGAGGUGGCUGUGAAAAUCAUCGAUAAGACGCAGCUCAACUCCUCCAGUUUGCAAAAGCUCUUCCGGGAGGUGAGGAUCAUGAAGAUGUUGAACCACCCCAACAUAGUGAAACUCUUCGAGGUGAUCGAGACCGAGAAGACUUUGUACUUGGUAAUGGAGUACGCUAGCGGAGGAGAGGUAUUCGAUUACUUGGUGGCUCACGGCAGGAUGAAGGAGAAGGAAGCCCGUGCCAAAUUCCGACAGAUUGUUUCAGCAGUGCAGUAUUGCCAUCAGAAGUGUAUAGUACACAGAGACCUCAAGGCAGAGAACCUGCUCCUGGACGCCGACAUGAACAUCAAGAUCGCAGAUUUCGGCUUCAGCAACGAGUUCACUCUGGGGAACAAAUUGGACACGUUCUGCGGCUCCCCGCCGUACGCCGCGCCAGAACUGUUCCAGGGCAAAAAGUACGACGGGCCCGAGGUGGACGUUUGGAGCCUGGGCGUCAUCCUCUACACGCUGGUCAGCGGCUCGCUGCCUUUCGACGGACAGAAUCUAAAGGAGCUGAGAGAGCGCGUUCUCCGCGGCAAAUACAGGAUUCCGUUCUACAUGUCCACCGACUGUGAGAACUUGCUCAAGAAGUUCCUCAUCCUGAACCCUUCCAAAAGAGGAAGCCUCGAGCAGAUCAUGAGGGACCGAUGGAUGAACGUCGGACACGAGGACGAGGAACUAAAGCCCUACAUCGAACCGCAACCAGAUUAUAAGGACCCGAGGAGGACAGACAUCAUGCUCCAGAUGGGAUUCUCUCAAGAGGAGAUCCAGGACUCACUGGUGAAUCAGAAGUACAACGACGUCAUGGCUACCUACCUGCUACUGGACUAUAGGAACUCUGAGCUGGACGAGGGUGGUAUCAAGCCCCGGCCCGGAAGCGAUGUAAGCAACAAAAAUGCCCCCUCCCCGCCGCACAAGGUACAGCGGAGCGUGUCUUCCAACCAGAAGGCUCAAAGGUUUGGAAAUGCUACAUCUCUCUUGUCCUUUCCAGGCUCCUCCUACUCCAAGAGAGGGGGGCAAGCGGACAACCGGGCCGCCGGCGAGGAUGCUGGAAGGAAAGGAUCCUCGGGCAGCUCCACCACCAAAGUGUCGGCCAGCCCCUUGGUGUCCUCUGAUCGCAAAAAGAGCGCCACGCCCUCCACCAAUAGCAUCCUGUCAACCGGCACCGGUCGCAGUCGGAAUUCUCCUCUGACUGAGAGAGCCACGCUGGGUCAGGGCAUCCAGAACGGCAAAGACAGCCUAAACACUCCGGGUUCCCGCGCCUCCACUGCCUCAGCCGCCGCCGUCCUCACCUCGUCCUCGCGUCCCCGCCACCACAAGUCCUUGUCUUCCUCCAAUCAUCCAUGCCCCUCUGACCUGCAUGCACCACGACCCAGCGCCCCACCUCAGCGGGCCCCCGGCGCCUCCCCGUCGGCCCACAACAUCAGCAGCGCGGCGGUGACGGACCGUACCAAUUUCUCUCGCGGGGUGGGCAUCCGCAGCACCUUCCACGCGGGACAGCAACGGGGGGCUCGGGACCAACAGGGCUCGGCCUACCCCGGCGGACCAGCCUCUCCGUCGCUAUCGCACGGCAACAGUCAGGCCCGGCGGACGCACGGCGCCACCGGCAUUUUCAGCAAGUUCACGUCCAAGUUUGUACGCAGAAAUCUCUCGUUCAGGUUUCCCAGAAGGAGCCCGUUUGAGGGAGAGGGUCGGGAAGAGGGGAGCAGUCGCAACUUGAGUAGAUCAAGAAAGGACACGGCCAAGCCUCGCUCGCUACGCUUCACCUGGUCCAUGAAGACCACGUCGUCCAUGGAGCCCACGGAGAUGAUGCGCGAGAUCCGCAAGGUGCUGGACUCCAACAGCUGCGAGUACGAGCUACGCGAGCGCUACAUGCUGCUGUGCGUGUCGGGCAACCCGGCGCGCGACGACUUUGUCCAGUGGGAGAUGGAAGUCUGCAAGCUGCCGCGCCUCUCCCUCAACGGCGUGCGCUUCAAGCGCAUCUCGGGCACGUCCAUGGCCUUCAAGAACAUUGCCUCCAAGAUCGCCAACGAGCUCAAGCUGUGA